AUGGAUGAUACUCAACAAAGUCGGACAACCGACGCGGCCGCUACGCGCAAGCGUCGGUCAUCGAUACUCAAGAGUCAGCGCCCGGCGCGUACGCCGUUUUCUGAAUUGGAAUUCAACGUCGCCACGCCCACGGACACUGCCAAGAGUCGUCGCGUCAGCUUCUCGAAACGUACAGGUGUCGCAGAAUACGUGACAAACGAAGCAACAAACACUUGGAAGCAUAUUUACGAAGAACAUAACAAGUCACUGGAGUCGUCUGGCAACGAUUCAGAAGUAAAUCCAGCUCGGCAAACGGUCGAACACCUUGGCAGACGUAUUUUCGAUCAGCAAUUUGAAGAAGUAGAAGUAGUAGAUUUUAUAGGCACACUAGCACCUCCUCGCAACUCCAAUACUUCUUUUAACAAUAUAAAUUUCUCUGAACAAAUUGCAUCCUUAGAUUGCACUUCGGAUGCAAAAUUAACAGCUCCUAAUAGUAAAUUCGAACUCAGUGCUUUAACCGAUCAACAGAGCAAAUUAUUCUGUAACGAUUUCACUGUAACGGGUAUAGGUGAAAGUUCUGGAAAAAUUGAUUUUAACUUCUCAAAUAUACAACGGAUUGGCGAGAAAGACGAUUUAGACGAAAUCGAAAGAGAUCUAGGACGCGUUUCCAAUAAUGUAGUGUGUUCAGGGCCUGUCGAUCAUCAUAAUAUGUCAGAGUAUAUUGAGGUUGAUUUGAACAUGACACACGUUGCGAAGACAGAUGAUUGCGAUAUGUCAAUCACAGAUACAAUUAGCACUCCUAAAGUUCAAGAUGUAUCCAAAAGUAAUUCUAUAGAUAAAAUAAAUAAUUUAGAUAAGGAUUGGAUUACUGAUAAAGAGAAUAUCGCUAUUAAUCCUUACGUUACUCCGCCAGAGACUGACAACUUUGCAGUCAAUGAUGAACCUGAUCAAGUUUUAGUUUUCGACGGUAAAAGGCUUACCUUACAAACUGAGAAAUGCAGCAAAGAUUUUAGACAGACUUUGCUACCUAAUACCUCUACCGAAACCCCUCUAAGGAAGACAAUAGUUCUUAACACUGAUGAUGACUUACCGAAUUUUGUCGAUGAUGCAAGUUUGAGGUCCGAUGUUGAAUAUAGAAAUAGAAGUUCAUAUCACGAUCCUAGUAUUUGUGUCCAAGCAGUGCACAAAGUCGAAAUAGUAAAAAGGCCAACAAUGAAUGAUAAUGCAGGUAACAUGUCUGUAACACAAUCAUUACCUACUAAUAUUAUGAGCGGUGCUCCCGCAAAUAUUAAAACGAUAAUUUACAACGAAAAUGAAACAGCAAAUAUAUCGAUGACCCAAUCAGUCAAUGGUCAAAUUUUUACAGUAGACAAUAAACCAAUGGAACGCAGGCGGACGGUAGUGUAUGAAAAUGAAAAUUGUAAUAUUUCUAUUACUCAAGCCCUGCCAACUAAUAUCAUACAAAAUGAGAAACCCGAGAGACGUAAAACAAUAGUUUUUGAUGAUGAUAAAGGCAAUAUAUCUGUAACACAGGCUCUUCCUUCGCAAUUUAUCGUUGAUCACACGGUUCAAGAAAGACGGAAAACAAUAAUAUAUGACGAUGACAAAGCGGAUGUUUCCAUCACCCAAGCACUUCCUUCGCGAGUGAUCUUAGAUAAGAACAAUCAAGAAAAACGAAAAACAAUAGUUUUCGAUGACGAUAACGGUAAUAUAUCAAUAACUCAAGCAUUGCCUGCAAACAUUGUGUUAGAAUCUCGUCAAGAGAAACGUAAAACAAUAUUAUACGAAGAUGAUGCAGGAGAUAUAUCAGUAACUCAGGCCGCUCCUACAAAUUUAAUUUUAAUAGAAAACCCUUCAGCCACAGAACGAAGACGAACUGUAUUAUACGAAGACGACACAGGAAAUAUAUCUGUAACACAAACAGUUCCUCAAAAUAUUAUACUAAGUAAAACGGAUGUUAAAGAAGAUACACAAAUUUUCGACGCUAAUAUAUCAAUGACGCAGGUUCUACCCACUAAUAUCAUAAUAAAAGAUAGCGAUACAAAUGGUAUUUCCAAAGAUCCCAAUCCUAAAGACUCCAAACCUUUCGUGUUACAUACUCUCCUUGACAUGUCUGAUCCUGUAGAAAGCGCUAUAUGUAACCAAUAUGCGGAAACUAAUGUAGAAUCUUUGAUAGUUGAAGACGACCCGCAACUAAAAAAAGAAGCUCCAAUGCUUACCUUUGUUAUAGCUGAAGAUGAAGAAAUACAAAUAGAUAAAGAUGAUAGUGGCAAUAAUGCAAAAUUGACUGAAAAUUCACAAUUGAUCGUUGACCACGCUGUUCCAGAAAGACGAAAAACAAUAAUAUAUGAAGAUGACAAAGCUGAUGUUUCAAUCACUCAAUCACUUCCUUCGCGAGUGAUCUUAGACCAGAAAGCCCAAGAAAAACGAAAAACAAUAGUUUUCGAUGACGACAAUGGCAAUAUAUCGACAACUCAAGUCUUGCCUGUAAAUAUUGUGCUAGAAUCUCGUCAAGAGAAACGUAAAACUGUAUUAAACGAAGACGUAACAGAAACCAUGUCAGUGACUCAGGCCGCACCUACGAACUUACUUUUUACAGAAAACCCUUCAGCCACAGAACUGAUAUACCAAGACGACACAGAUGAUAUAUCUGUCACACAAGCAGUUCCUCAAAAUAUUAUACUAGAUACAGCAGAUCUAGAAGAAGAAGGCACUCAAAUUUUCGACGCUAAAAUAUCAAUGACACAAGCUUACCCCACUAAUAUCGUAAUAAAAGAUAGCGAUACAAUUUUCCAUGAUCCUAAACCUAAAGAGUCUAAGACCUCUGUGUUACAUACUCUUCUCGACAUGUCUGAUCCUGUAGAAAGCGUCACAUGUAAUAAAGAUGCGGAAACCGACGUAGAACCUUUGAUAGUUGGGGACGAACCGGAUCGAGAAAAAGAGGGUUCAAUGGUUAGCUUCAUUAUAGCUGAAGAUGAAGGAAUGCAGACAGACAAGAUUGAGAGUGACAAUGAUGGAGAGUUGAAUGAAAUCGAAAGUGAUACGAUCCAAUUCAUUAGAGAUUCCCGAAUGUCUGUAGAUUAUAAACAGCCGGAUGAGAUUUUGCAAAAUACUUUAGCUCAGCUUAUGAUCAAUAGGGGCCAGAUGGAUAAUAUUUCUCCUAACAUAUCCAAUACAGAUGAAAAAGAUGCUCAGCUUAAUAACGAAAAUGAUGAAAUGGAAAAUAUUUCACGCAACAUGUCCUGCGUAAAUGAGAGAGAAGAUGAAAAAGUACGCCCCAAAAGUUUUAAAGAUGCAAAUGAUACUAAAGAACUGCUUGACAUGAUAUGCGAUUUCACCGACAACAGCCGCUGUUCGUCUAAAGAAGAGGCUCCUCCAGAAGAAAUUUCUCCAGAGAAAGAGGAGCCUCCUGCUACGAAAGCACUUGAUUUAAAAGAGUUGCUCGCAAUAGAGAAUAAAAUGGAAGUGCACGAACCGAGGAGACUCAGUUUCGCUACGAAAAGACAGUCUAUUAUUAUUAGCCGAGAAGAUUUACUUAGUAAUAUUUCUAUGGCUCAAGCUGUCUUACAGAAAUCUCGGGUUGAGUUCGACGAGUCUAGUCUCACAGAGGACAACCAAGAUUCUUCUCCAGAAGAACUCAGGCAGACACAGCAGAGAUCUAACCGCAUGAGUAACGAAGUCGUCAAAACUUUACAUUUUGACGACGAAUCUUUGAGUGAAAGUAGUAUGAAAUCUGACCUCAGUAAAACUUGGCCGAUUAAGAAAACUGUAUUCGGUGAAACUUCGUAUGCGAAAGUUAAAACAAAUGUUAUUCCAAGUUAUCUGAAAGACGUUUCUGAUGGAAUUAAGCAAUUGAUGUCUGAUUUAGUCAAGCCCAUGUCUGACGCUAUACCUUUUGAGAGUCCGGAAGAAAAAAUGAAGAGAAGCAUGUCUACUGUAAGCACACAAAUACAAGCGAAUCUAAUAACUUCGAGCCAGAUAGAUGUGAAUACCGACUUGUCUUCGGCAACAGGCUCACACGAAGAUAUUCCUUGCUAUAGAUCAGGACGUGGCAUCUUAAAAAUGCCAGGUUCGUCUGAGAUGUCCUCCGAACAGGAAGUGAUUCGUAGUGAGUGUUCUGAUAUAUCUGAGCCACCCUGUCGGCAACUGAGUAUUCCUGAACCCGUUCUAGUGUUUGACCAUGAGAACCCAUUGAACAAUAUACUAUUAGGUCCUCUAGACUAUAAGCACACGCACGAUUACAAGCCAUUAACUCCAGUACCCGUAGAGAAUUUAGCAAAGGAAUCUGAAAUAACCCUUUGCGGUUCAGAACGUAGCACAUCCUGUCAAAUUAACAUGGAAAUGGACGAUAGUUCGAUAGAUACCGAUACAAUGGCAUCGGAGGCAAAAGAUGUUGAAGUGAAUACGGAUCAAGUUGUAACCCAGUACAGUGUGGCUGUUCAUGCAGGUAAGAAGAAGCUAACUUUUCAUAAAUCGUGCUCUAUAGAUAGAGCAGUCAACGUCCACAGCAAAGUAGAGGACUCGGAAGUCAACACUGUUAUAGCUAUGAAGCCGAACAAAGAGUUGCUCGAAACGAGCUCAUCACUAACAUUAAUCGACUCUUUGUCUGAAUCGGAAUCUAAAACCAAUUCACCUCAACAGUACAUUGCCAGGAAAGAACGCAGGACGCCCACGAAACCUGUUACUAAACUUAAAGCUCUACCUACAAUAGAGUCUGAUAUUAGUUCAACGGACGAUAGUGCUGACCGUUUAAUAUCUAAAGGCAAAAAACGAACUCACAUACCCGUUACACCAAACAGAAGGCAUAGUGUGGAAGUUACACCAAAACCCAAUAACAAGAUGCUGAAAAUAUCAAGCAGUCCAAAUCAAAACAGGCUUUUCUUACGGAUGAGUCAUGAGCCGUCCAAAUUGCCAGCCGAGAGGGACACCGACAGUCAAGAGGACACAAGCCAAAUCGAGGAUAAUACAGAUAGUGAAAAGAAACCGCACAGUCAUAAUUUCGACAGCACCAUUACAAUACAACAGUUAAUAACUGAAUACCAAAUAGACGCUGGACUAAAUAAAGAAAUUUUAGACGUUUUAAAAGAAACAGAUUAUUGCAAAUCGGGCAGUUUGACCACAGAAGCGCCAUCGCGCUCCGACAGUUUAAAUUCAGACAGUAUAGAUAAAGUAUGUUCCUUUACCAGUAGCAAAAACCUUGGGUCCAAUGCUAUGGCGCAGACUGUAGCCAGUACGGCGUCAUCACACAAGUCACAGUCGACUAUCCACAGCGCAGAAUAUUCUAGAACAGACUGGCACCCAGAACUGACUAGUUUAAGUUCAACCAAGAAUGUCAAUCACAUCGAUUCUGGAGUGAAUAUCGUGUCUAAGAUAGAUAUGCUGCCAUUUAUGGGGAGUUAUGAAUGUGAACGGGAGACUUCACUAGCGGACACGUGGAGCUUCCGGCUGUUACACGGCCGUAUCCGGCUAACUAUCCGGCUCGCGCACAGACACGAUAAUUCGACAAGAACUCGUGUGAGGGCCGACACUCCCGUCACGGACCUCAGUGUUGACACCAUUGAGUAUGACAAGAAGAACCCAGUAGCAAUCCUGUGCAUCCGUUUUGCAUGCGAGACGAUGCGGUACAUGGUAUCCUCGGCCACCGAGACGAAGUACCUGGCGCGGGACGUGCCGCUGCUGCUGCGGCGCUGCGCCGCGGUGGCGCGCGUGGCGCUCCGCUGGGGCCGCGCCAUGCACGACGCCAAGCUGCACCUCGCGUACACCCUGGACACGGAGGGACAUCUCACGGUCAAGGUGGCUAAUAUACCACUCCGCUCGGUAUGGGAGGUGAGUAUGAACCUAGAGUUGGUGGUGGAACACCCUAACCAAGCGCCGUGGCCUCGUGCUAGCGAUGUGAAGGUCAAACGCGUAGUAUCUGAUGUGCCAGUGUCUGACGAGGAUAUUAGAAAAGCAUUGAAGAAUACUCCCAAUGACUGGGGGCAUGCUCCGAAGACGUUAUGGCGAAUAUUCAGAUAUCUGAAACACAAACAGAGGGAAGACGAUGGAUUGCUCCUGGGGGUUUGA